GAUUUUGAAUGUUGUUGAUGAUUACGAUGAUGAAACAAGUGUCAUGCUUCUGAAAAUCUCUCUGUGGCUAUCGUACAUCGCAGGUCAAAACUUCAAUCAUCCUACGACUACUGCGGAAAGCUGCGAGACCAAAGGCCUUAGAUAACCCUUGUUAUUCACUGCAUUUCUUCUGAUAUGCGCUAGCGCCUAGACGAUACGAGAUUUCAACCACUGGCUUGAAGACCGUUGUUGUUGCUGGGGUUGAGUCAACAAAGUAACACUUAACUAUCGCGUGCCUCCUUACGCCUCCUGCACUAUUUGAGUUAUUACAACCCUCUGGCCCAUGGGAGGCUGCAGAUCUGCCACGUUCUAGGCCUUGCUGCUCAGAUCCAUAACCAUGUCCAAACACUCACGACCUCAGGAUAGCUCCAUCUUAGGAGAGUCAUGGGUUAUCGCGUCGGCACAGCUUGCGGAGGGGCCUUCAGCCAGCAACAACAAAAAGACAAACAACAACCAUCAGACUGAGGCCUCCGAUACAACACCGCGCCCGACCAAGAGCCACCAUGAGAAUCUGACGGAAUCGAUAUCCACCUCGUGCGAAUCCAUAUCGGGACCAGAUCUUAUCAUGCCGUCAAUAUACGAAACUCCCAUCUGCGAGGGGUCCUGGAUCGCACCGACUGCAUCUCCUCAACGCGCUCUCCGACGCAGACACCAAGCCUCGUCCCCAUCACCGACCAGAAACUCGACGCAGCGUUCUUCAGCCAAAGCGACGGAAAGCGCGCCGCCCACAGUCGCACAGCAUGAAACAAUCAAUCGUCGCCCUUCCUUCACCCUCCCCAGCCGCGGGACCAUUCUUCGCAUAUUGCUGAACGUGCUCCUCAUCGCGGGCAUCAGCCACCUGCUCAUCCUCCCCGAAAUCAUCCAACAACACCAAUCCCUCUGCUCUCUCCCGGCCCUGGCAACCCUCUACCCAACCAGCUGUAUCCCUCUUUACCUCAAGCCCAACCACAUCAACAACAACAGGCCAGCCUCGAUAUCAACCCAGACGCCGCUCGAGACCCUCCUCAACAACACCCUCCGAACCAUGGCCCCGCACAGCACGACCCUCAAACACACCGAAUCCAAACUACGCGACAUCCACCAACUCCUCAAGAAACAGUACCCGGGAAGCAAGCACGAGCUGGACCUAGAAUUCUCCGGCUGUCUCGAAGCCACCCGCACGGCCACCCGGCGGUUCGACUCAUUGCACGCCGACCUCCGAUCGGCAGUGGACAGCCUGAUCGCCACGCGGGGCAGCGGUAGCGGUAGCGGUCGCGGUUCGGCGGCGCCGGCGGCGGCGACGACCGCCAACACCUCACCGGACGCGCGUCUCUCCACCACGCAACUCACGCGCCGGGAACAAUACGUCGAUCAACUGACGUCGCGCAUGCAAACUAAGGCCGACUCGUUGCUGGGGGACUUCGCCACCCUAGACGAUCACUUGGAGUCCAUUGCCGGUGUCGUCAAGCGGGAGACCAAUCGACUGGCCCGAAGGGGAAAUGAUGAUCACCAUCUCCAGGGUCCAGGGUCGUCCUCGUCUUCGGGGCUCAAAGGCAUGGUCGGCGCAUUGUUCGGGGGUGGUAGUGCGCGGUCGCAACCCCACACAAACAACAAGGAUAAUGAGGAUAAUGAUAGCAAUGACCACCACCACGAUGGCGAAGAUCAUCACUCCCCCCAACCGCCCGCAUCAAGCUCUCACCCCCACCAGCAUCACAACUACCCGCAGCUCCCCACCCUCUUCCAAGAGGCAGCGACCCGCCAUCAACCGGUCAUGGACGUGAUCAAGAAGCUAUCGGACGGGUUACAACGCCUCCAAAACAAGAAGGGGGGGAUGUUUCACUCUUGAUGUGGGUUAAUGAUGGCGCGUAUUCAAGUAAGACAUGUGUACGUCAUACCACGGUCCUCAUAAACCUGGCCUGCAUUUUUGAUAUCACGAUCGACAUGAGGAAAACCGAGAAGAAAAAUUCGCCCAACAAAGUAAUACCUGAUACGUCUUUCGCUGAUCGCAACACACGCAAUGAUGAGUACGAUGCAUCAUCUACACGGGGAAAUUCCACAAAUGCACGCGAUGUCGUAAACUCAUACAGUAAUCGCCAUACCUUGACAUCGGUUUGUUUCAGAGCUACACACAUUUGAUGCCCAGCGAUGAUCCAUAUCCAUAUGCAUGCAUAAGGCCAAGAGAAUUAGGAACCCCCACAUUUUCC